AUGAUUAGAUAAUAUUUGUCAAAUAUAAACGAAAGUGGUACUAUUCCUAUUUUGCAAAAUUUUUUGAAACUAAACAAGUAGACGUAAUUGAAGAAAUUGCAUUGUAUGUGGUUGGAGCGAUACAGAGUCUCAACUCCUGGGUAGGCCUUUUACUCUGCAGGAUCAACAACCAUAACAAUCCUAGAAUCUUCCUGUAAAUCCAUGAUGUAUGCCCCUUAGACCCUUUUACUUAGGAUUCCGACAAGAGGAAUGUAUGAAGGGGAAAACCUUAUUGCAUUAGGAUUUUGCCAAAUUUCAAUACGGACCUUUGUGUUGACCUCCAUUCCCCAAGUUUGUUCGAUGAAUUUUUCUUAUUGAUUGAGGUGAUUAGACCUUUACAACUUAAAACUAGGGCAGGAUUCAUUUUUCAUGCUUCUGGCAACAGAUUUCGGAUAGUAGCAUAUCUAACAACACAUGAGGAACUUGGUCGCCUCUUCAUGUACAUUUAUAAAUCUGUUCAGCACCAAAGGCAAUUUGCAUAAACAGAUCUUGAUGGCUUGCCAAAUAAUUCAGAAAAACGUAGUUAUUGAAACUUCCGGUAUGCUUGUAUUUCUCCGCUCCACUGCUGAUAUCAAUGUACGUGAAGAAGUGGCAUUAGAUCUGUGGUUUCCAGAUGCUGUAAUCUCUUUUGUGUUUGGCUGAAGGCAACCCUUAAGUUGAAAUGAUUUCACAAUUCAUGUUCAACAACAAAGUGAAAGAUACGGGGGAAAUAGGGUGUACUCCCUCCAUACUGGUAAAGAAGGUCGUUUAGGACAUGAUCACGUUUACCAAGGAGUGCCAAAGAGUGAUUAAUUUAGGUGUAUUUUUCCAUGUCUAUCCCUAUUAAAUAGCGCUGCGGUUGCCUCUUGUACACACGAAUCAAUGCUUGUACAACUGGUUAGGCGGAGGCGAAUGAAGCCAAGUAGCCAGGGUUUGAACCUCAGCAGCAACCCUUUUUUUCAUUUUUGCUGUUUGCAUGGUACUGUGCCGAUUUUGCAUGGAGGGAGUAUCGCUUAGCGCUCGCGCCUUGGCCACAAAUUUUCACCGUUCGCGCUCCUUUGCGCUUUUCUUUUCGCGUUUCGUUGCUGCGCGCUAAUUUUUCUUGCCGCUUGGACUGCCCCUGGCUGCUUGCUUAUUUAAACGCUUGGACUGCCGGCUGCCGCAGUCACUUUGCUUGCUUGCUUCUGCACAUCACGCUUGCUUGUUUUUUUUCUCUAUUUCCAUGCUUUCAAGCUAGUGCGAUGGGUGAUUUUUUCUCUGGCUUUGAUCUCAACGUCCGGUUAGAAGAAGAUGAGGAUGAGAACCUUCCAUUCGAUGUCAACGACGGCAACGAGCCUGAAGACGAUGACGGCAACAAUUUUUUUGAUCUCGACGAUCCACCGUUGGGGCAUGACAACGGAUUUUUUGAUUUAAAUCUCCCAUUAGAUGAAUUUGGUGCCGUUGAUUUCAAUCAUGUUCAAAACCACGCUUAUGAACACACAGUUCACCGGAGGAAAGACAUGACUGAAGAUCAGAGAAAGCGAGUUUACCAAGCUUUGCUAGCUAGAAGCAACAAUGGUACACUGCACAAGAAAGACACUGCAUUUGUUGCUGCUCAAUUUGGCAUUCAUCAUCGGACAGCUCAGCGUGUUUGGAAACGAGGUAAAACACAGCUUAGAAACGAUGUACCAGUUGUUGUUUCUAGUCUAAAGAAGGGUACAGUUGGACGUAAACCCAUACCUUUUGAUUUGGAAGCAUUACGUGACAUUCCUCUUAAGGACAGAAUGACUAUAGAGGAGUCCGGCAAAGAAUCCGGCGACUCCAUGGAGUCCGGCACCAUGGACAGCAGGUCGUCGGAGUCCAUGGACAGCAUCGGCGACUCCAUGGAGUCCGGCACCAUGGCCAGCAGGUCGACGGAGUCCGCGGCGACCUCCUCGGACUCGUGCCCGACGUCGUGCGCGGCGACGGUCUCCACCGAGUCCGGCACAGCGAUCUCCUUGGACUCCAUGACUUGGGCGAGCGGCGAGCCUGCCGGCGGCGAGCGCGAGUGGCCGAGACGAGCAAGCGAGACGAGCGGCUCAGCGCAGAUGGCAUGCGGCGCUAGCUUUUAAUCUGGCGUGCGGCCGAGCGCAGGAGGCGAGGCGCAGCGUGGAGUCAAUGCACAGGAGCAUGCACGCUAGCUAAUUAAUCUUCCAAGUUCCUUGCAUGCUAAUUAUUGCACGACACAGGAGCCCAAGCAAGCAAGGGGUAGCAUGGUCUAAUUUUUUGUACGUACGCCAGAACGACUUCCUUUGCUCGGUUUCAAACGGACUCCAGAACGACUUUUUUUUUUGCAGUAUGGAGGGAGUAUUAAUAAAAAGCAUCUUAAGCUGCCAACUGUGGCGUUGCUGAUUUUUCUGGUUGCUAAUCCUGCAUCCAUGAAUCUGUUGUUUCCGUAACCCUCCAAUCUCAGGAUUUCGGGACUAGUGCGGCCGUUUUGGUGUGAUCUCAGUUUGGGUGCAAUCUCAGUAUUUGCUUUGAGUUGGUUUAUUUGUCCCAUCCAUGACUACGGGUGCCAUAAGCCCAUAACUUUGCCAAGUAUGGCAUGGCAUACAAAACUUUUGGCAAAUUUGAGCAGUUCCCAAUGGCCAUGAUUGAACAUUGUGAUAG